UCGGAACCGGAAGUAGUGACGAACCGUACCUUAAUCCAAAUAUUUGAGCAGGCGUCGCUAAAACUCUGGAUAAAACUGAAUAAUAGUGGCGUUCGUUACUUUAAUCCCCAUCUACACUUGGCGUGAGUGUGGAGAUGGCGGUUGGAUCUCUCCGUGUGGAGAUGGACGACGAGCUGGAGAAGUUCCUCAAGGAGCGCAAGGCGAGGGUGGCCGAGGAUAAGGCCAGUUUAUCCCACGACCCCCCCUACAUGGAGAUGAAGGCCAAACCAGACAGAGGCUACGUCUCCAAGGAGAAUAUCCCCCCCAGGUCUGCCACACAGGGAAGAGAGGAGAGCUGCAGCGUGGGUCUGCCCCUCGGUGUGGAGUAUGAGAGGAAGAAGCAGAGGCUGCAGAAGGAGCUCCGCAUGGACUACCGGCGCUUCGUGGCUCAGAAGAAGCACUUUGAGCCGGUGAAGCCCAGACCCCUCAGCCACCUGAGUAACGGCGUGUCGGUGGAGAGCGGCCAGAGAGACGCCGCCACGCUGACGGAGGACAGGAGCGCGUCUGACGGGCCUCUGCGCCUCCUGCACCCGGAGUCUGAGGAGGAGGAGGAGGAAGAGCUGGAGCCAGCAGCAGGCAGGAGAUUCAGACACGUCGGGGUGGACACCGAGUCUGACAGGAGGCCGACAGCUGGGAUGGAGAGCAGGGACAGGAGGGUUAUUCCUUCAGGCACCGCCACAGAUGGACGGCGAUCCAGAGCACUGAGCAGGAACGAGGAGGCAGAGUUUGCCACCGGUCUCAUUAUCGGAGCGGCCGAUCCAGACGAGCUCAUCCAGAGGAGGAAGGAUCGCUACAGGAAGGAGCUGCAGGAGCAGAUCGCCGAGCAGCACCGGAACAGGAAGAGGGAGAAAGACUUGGAGCUGAAAGUGGCUGCGACGGGAGCGAACGACCCCGAGAAGCAGCCGGACAGGAUCAGGCAGUUCGGCCUGAGCCGGAGGAGAGAGCUGCACGGCUCGGAGCCGGCGGCGGACGGAGAGCGGCCCCCGCCCCGCAGCGCCGCGCUGGCUGUCCGGGAGAGAGACGCCCCCCCUCCGGACCAGCCCCACGUGGCCUUCCAGUCCCCUCUGCUGGAGUACAGCUCGGCCCUGGGCCUGGGGGGCCUGGGGGCCCCGGGGGGCCUCGGCGCAGGCCGGCUGUCUUCAAACAGCCACGCCGUCCCCCCCUCCUUCCCCUCGGUCAUGGACAUUCACAGAACCCCCCUGUUUGCUCCUCAUCCUCCGUCCUCGCUGAGCGAAGCCUACAGGAGUCCGUACGCCGAGCCUCAGCUCUUCUACGGCUCCAGAGGCCUGCUGGAGCCGAGCGCGGCCUGCUACGGUCAUCUGUCCGUCCCCGGAGUCCCGGGAGUCCCAGGAGCCGGCCUCCCCGUGUCCUAUUGGACUUGCCCACCAGGGGGCGCCGUGCCCGGCCAGUUUGGGCCCCACAGUCCUCACAGCCAGCUGAGUGGAAGCAGCUUUCCGGAGCCUCAGCUGCUGUUAAACGCAGACGCCGUCGUCGACUCUCACGUCAGGAGUCUGGCUCCAGACGUGCCCAGAUCCAGCCGGGAGAGGAUCCACAGCUACCGAGACGCUCUGAAGCAGCAGAUCCAGGAGCAGCAGGAGCGGCGGCGCCGGGAGAGGGAGGAGAGGGAGCGCUACGAGGCCCAGCUGGAGGCCGACAUGAGGAAGUACCAGCCGUGGGGGCGGGGCGGAGGAGGGGCGCCGCUCAGAGACAGCACCGGGAACCUGAUCACCGACCUCAACCAGAUGCACAAGCUGAACGAGGAGGCCUACAGCAACCCGGAGCAGUGGCAGAGGAGGGCCGCCGCCCCCGCCGGCCCCCGGGCGGAGCCGACAGACCCCAACGACCGGGUCUCUGGUUUCGCUCAUGUCCCGACGUCCCAGUUCGCCAGAGGGAAAGUGUUUUCCAGCCAGCCCAGCAAACAGCAGCUGCACGAGCGCAAUAUGUAUAAAGCUUACCUCAGUCAGCAAAUUGAGGAUAAGAUGCGAAAGAAGGCGGAGGAGAGGGAGCGGGAGAGGCUGGAGGAGGAGAAGGAGGAGAGGAGGCUGGCGGAGCAGCGGGCUCGCAUCCAGAGGGAGUUUGAGGAGGAGCAAGAGAAGAAGAGGAGGAAGGACAUGGAGCAAAAGGCCAAGAACGAGGAGCUGAUGCAGCUGGCCGAGCAGAAGAAGAGGGAGGCGGAGCGCAAGAAGAAGGAGGCGGAGGAGAAGGAGAACGAAGCUCUGAGGAGGCAGUACGAGAAGGAGAGGCAGGCCCGGGUGGAGGAGGUCUGCCGGGAGCCGUCGCCCCCCAUCCCCACGCUGCAGAAGAGACAGCGGCAGCACCGCUACACCCCCAGGCCCCCGACGGCGGACAGCCGGGCCUCGGCGGCCCCCCCCUCCGAUCGCUCCCUGUCCGGCCUGCAGUCCCCUCCCGUCCCCGCUCGCAGGAACCAGCUCCGAGCUGCAGGCGAUCAGGACAGCCUGAUGGGGGCGCUGGCUCGCCUACGCCGACACCUGUACGACGAGCAGACGGUCCUGGAGGAGCGUCUGGAGCAGGAGGAGCCGGACUCUCCGCCCAGCUGCAGACGUGGCGAUCGUCCCGUGAUGGAUGUGUUUGAAAUGGCCCGCAGACGACUCCAGGUCCCGGUCCGGAGGCCCAGCGCCCGAACCCUGGAGCCUCACAGGCUGAUGCGGAUCCACGACUCGCUGCAGCUCAGGUUCUCAGACGAAGAGUCCCGGCCAGAGGAAGAGGACGUGUCCCACAGGAAGAGGCGGGACUUGGGCGACCCGUUUCAGCAGGCGGGCAGCUGCAGGUCCACCGUCCAGGACGAUUAUUCUGACGUGUCUCCGCUGCGGCAACACGAUUAUCUGAGGACUGAGAUGGGAUCAGCUCGAGGGUCUCUGCUGGAGUCAGAGAGCGCCUUCAUCGAUCCUCUGGAGGCUUCGUCGCUGCCUCAAACCCCGGAAGAGGAGAAGAGUCGCUUCCUGUCGGCCAGAGAGAGGAGGAGGAUGAACAGGCAGAGUCAGCAGGACCGAGCGUCUUCCAGCCGUCCCUCGCAGGAAGUGAAGCCCCUCAGCGAUUGGCCGAGCUGGAGCAGGGGGCGUCGCCUGGUGGCUCUGGGACAGCGCGGACACGUGGACGCUCCCUCGGGACCGCCGGGCCCGUCGGACAACGACUCCCCGCCUCCUCGCUUCUCCCUCCACCUGGACCGGCAGAGCUCCGGAGAAACGGACGACGCCGACAUCUGGACCCGGCCGGGGAGCUCCGACACCUUCAGGAGCUUCAAACAACCUUAAAGAGCCCGAUCCCCCCCGACUGAAUCCCCCGACUGACCCCCCACUGACCCCCCCGACUGAACGGUGCCUUAACUGCUUCGACUAACGCCCAGAGGACAGAGCAUCACGGUGUCUGUGUGGAGAUGUGAUCAUGUCAAGCCUGGAGGGAUUUUCUCACUUUGAGAUCCUCCAGUCUGAGAGACCAUAUUUAUUUCAAUGAUGAGAUUGUUUUUUAACAAAAUAAAUUCUAUUG